AUGCAUUUUUAUUGAUGGGAUGUUCUUUAACCUUGAACAUGGUCUAUGGUGCAGCUCUCAAAUAGAGUGCACCCACAGGAUUUUUACGGAUGAAAACUCAGCAAAUUAUCAUAAACAGUUUUAACAACUAAGCUAAGACAUCAAAAAAGAAAAUACCAGAUACCACUCUGCAGGCUGAAGUAACUACCACUUACUGGAUGUAUUCAAAUUCUUCAAGAUCAACGGAGUAACCAGGUAGCAAAGAAGAGACACAAGCCAUGGACAACCUGACCUCCGCGGCUGGGAAUGGCAGCCUGUGUACCCGAGAUUACAAGAUCACCCAGGUCCUCUUCCCGCUCCUCUAUACGGUCCUGUUUUUCGUUGGACUCAUCACGAACAGCCUGGCAAUGAGGAUUUUCUUUCAAAUCCGCAGUAAAUCCAACUUUAUUAUCUUUCUUAAGAACACGGUCAUUUCUGAUCUUCUCAUGAUUCUGACUUUUCCGUUCAAAAUCCUCAGCGAUGCCAAACUGGGAACAGGACCACUGAGAACCUUUGUGUGCCAAGUGACCUCCGUCAUUUUUUACUUCACAAUGUACAUCAGCAUUACAUUCCUAGGACUGAUAACUAUCGAUCGCUACCAGAAGACCACCAGGCCAUUUAAAACAUCCAACCCCAACAAUCUCUUGGGGGCUAAGAUUCUCUCUGUUGUCAUCUGGGCAUUCAUGUUCUUACUCUCUUUGCCUAACAUGAUUCUGACCAACAGGAGGCCGAGAGAUAAGAAUGUGAAGAAAUGCUCUUUCUUCAAAUCACAGUUUGGUCUGGUCUGGCAUGAAAUAGUCAAUUACAUCUGUCAAGUCAUUUUCUGGAUUAAUUUUUUAAUUGUCAUUGUAUGCUAUACACUCAUUACGAAAGAACUAUACAGGUCAUAUGUGAGAACAAGGGGGGCAGGCAAAGUCCCCAAGAAAAAGGUGAACAUCAAAGUUUUCAUUAUCAUUGCCGUAUUUUUUAUCUGUUUUGUUCCCUUCCAUUUUGCCCGAAUUCCCUACACCCUGAGCCAAACCCGGGAUGUCUUUGACUGCUCUGCUGAGAAUACCCUGUUCUAUGUGAAAGAGAGUACUCUCUGGUUAACUUCCUUAAACGCAUGCCUAGAUCCAUUCAUCUAUUUUUUCCUUUGCAAGUCCUUCAAAAAUUCCUUGAUGAGUAUGCUGAAGUGCCCCAACCCUGCAACAUCACCACCCCAUGAAAACAGGAAGAAAGGACACAAUGGUGGUGACCCCAGUGAAGAGACUCCAAUGUAAACAAACUGAGGUAAUACUUCCAGCUGUCUGUGUUUGGGACGCCUAAAAGGAAAUCACUAUAUAAAAAUAUUAAUACUGACUAAGAAGUAGCUGAGUUAGUAACAAUGACUCUUGAAGAAAUAGACUACAAAGUGAUUUUCAUUUACUUUGCCAGCAUUAAAAUGAAGGGGGAAAAAACCUAACAUGUAGCUAUGUAGCAAAACAAACUGCCUCCAAUCACCACGCUACAUGCAAAACUACAAAGAAUGCAUGAAUUGUAGAGUUUUAGCAGGAUGGCUAACCAUAUAAUAUCUAGUGGAAUUCUUUAAAUACAUAUUGAUCACAGUGUUAUUGUCAACUUACUAUAUAAGCAACUAAGGUUGAUAAAUCUGAUCAAACCUUCUGACCAAAAAUUAUACUUCUUAAGAUGUAUAUACAUCCUAGUUCCCUAACCCAAUGCUCAUCUAUAACGAAUGAUAUUAUAAAAAUUUAAGUACACACACAGAAUAGUAACUACUAACCUUUAAUUAUUAGCAAAAACCUAAGGAAUUUAAACUAAAUGGUAAUAGACUGGACUGAUUUUUUUUUUUACAUUUCAUUAAGAAGAUAGAGGGUUCAAAACUACCUUUCCAAUAAAAAGAGUAGAAACAGCAAACAAAAUCAUUAAAAUAAGAAGAGUUUUUUAUGGCAUUCUAUUACAACAACAAAAACAACCCAGAAUAUUUCCUUAACACUAGAGAAACCAGUUUUACUAAUGUUUUGACAACUUUUGUAAAUACAUCAUUUAUUAACUAGAUUCUAGAAACUACCUGAAGAUUUCUCUUAGUGAGAAAAACGAAUUAAAUAUGAUUAUGCAGUUUCACAGCACAACUAUUAACAGGAAAGUAAUUGAAAUGUUUGGAAUUACCUGUUUGUUAUAUGUGUAUAUACCAAAAAUUUAUAUUGAACUCUAAAUCACACUUUGUUGGAAUUUCUUUGUUCAAAGACAUUAGAUACCAUGACUCACCUUUUAUACUCUCCUACAUUACACAUCAAACCUAUUUAAGAAACAAUAGCUGGCAACAGUGUUUUAUAUAGUGCUUCAUGACACAAUAUUAGGCAAAGUCUCUUCUGAAGGUGACAUCUCACAUAAAUUAAUUCAGAUGUAAAUGAAAAAUUAUGUCAGACUUAAAAUGUAGUCUGAUUCCACCUAAGCCAUAUUCAUUGUUUUUUAAUAUAAACAAAAUAUAUAACACACUUGCAAUUUGACAUCAUUUAUCUCAAUUAUUUAUGAUUGAUCCUCAGAGGUUGAUUCUCAAACAGAAGGCAUAGAUACCAAUAUCUCAAUAUAAUGCAAGAAGAAAUUAAAAGGGUGAGUUGUAGUAUAAGCAAGUUCACUGAACUUCAAUAAUAGUUGAUUUAUCCAAACCUUCCACGAGUUCUGCUGAGCUAAAUUUCAGUACAGAAUUGAACUCAUUUAACUUCUAAAUGGUAUCGAUUCCCGAACAGCCACAUUCCUUCUGUGGCAUUGGUGCAAGCAAGCACUGGAUGUCAGCAGAGAUGCACACAGAGACAUGCGCCCCACAAACAUGUGUAUUCCAGGUAUCACCAGGACAACAGUGGUAGCCAUUUCUGCCAAGUCAACUAAUGCAACUCACUCUAAUGUCAUCUGCAUAAGUGUGCGUGCUUUGUAAGAAUACCGGGAUAUUUGAGCUGGAAGAGAAAUGAGAGCUCAAAUAGCUGACCUUUGUAUUUUGCAUAUGGGGAAAGUAAAGGGCAGAUCCACUCUUCAACCCACCCAAGUCGGGGUAGAGAGUGGAUUAAACUGACGACAUCACAGUGCCAGCAUCACAGGAGGCACCAGGAGACGGCCAAGUAGACAAAGACUUUCCUGAAUAAUCUUUCCUUUUGAACUAAACUAAUUCACUGAGAUCACAAUUUCCACAAGAGAAUUAAAAGCAAACCAGAAAUGCUAAUGGUAUGAUGGUACUUUAGUAAAAAAAUUGUGAAGUGUUUGGAAUUGCCUAUGUUUUUAUAUAUAUAUUAUGAAAAAUUUACAUUAAACUCUAAAUCACA